UCUUUCAGUCUGCUGGUGAUCAGACUAUUUGUUUAGGGGUCUUUGACAAGGCAAAAAAAAAAAAAGUGUGGGAACCCCCUACAGCUUUUUGCAUAAAAUACCAAUCUUGAAGACGCAGAGGGUUAAUUUCAAGCCCCCACCACCACCACCCACAUCUCCAAUUUGAAAGCCGCCUCUCUACCGGGAGAGGAAGGCUCUUUUUCGGUCAGAUGGCGUGCUGCAGUCCGCCCCCGUCAUUCUCCAGCCCACACAGACAGGGCAGCCAGCAACCAAUACGGUGCGCCGGAGGAGGAUUUCUGCCAGUGAUUUCAGACGAGCUACGAUACGCAAAAGGGAUUUACUACGCCACUCUGAGCCGGGGAAGCUUUCGGCAAUAGGUACCAGGUUUCACCCCGCGAGUACCGACUUGAAAGCUGGGACAUCGCGUGGUUGGAGAGACGCCUUUAGUCAUUACGCAGGUCUCCUCUCUGCACAUCCGUCUACCUGACCUGGAAAAGAGCUGUGCCAUGUCUUUGCCACGCACACUUGGGGAGCUGCAGCUCUAUCGGGUGCUGCAGAGAGCCAACCUGCUGGCCUAUUAUGAAACCUUCAUCCAGCAGGGUGGUGACGAUGUGCAGCAGCUCUGCGAGGCGGCUGAGGAGGAGUUCCUGGAGAUCAUGGCACUAGUUGGCAUGGCCACCAAGCCACUGCAUGUGCGUAGGCUGCAAAAGGCUCUCCGAGACUGGGCAGCCAACCCUGCCCUUUUCAGCCAGCCCGUCUCUAAUGUCCCUCUGGGGGGCAUCCCGCUGUUCAAAGUUGAUGGGACAGGAAGUGGACCUGCAGGCGGGCCCAGGAAGUCUGUGAGCAAUGGGCAGCCGGGGUCUCCGUGUGAGAGGGAGGACAGGGCGUGCCUUACUCCGAUGCAUAGUGGAAGCCCCAGAAGCCCCUGCUCCCAGGCCUCCCCACAGCCACCAGACACACACUACAGAGAAAAACUGUCCCCAAUGGACCCACACUGGCUCAGCCCAGACCCUGAUGGGAACUGCAGUUUGGCUUCUGCAUCUGGAAUUGAGGAGGAGCCAUCCAGCCCACAGUGUCCUCUUGGUCCCUCCACAUCUCCGAGCCCCUCUGCUUCCUUCACCCCUGCGGCUCUGUCAGCCUGGCCUGGAGGACAGCUGGACGGGGAGACGGCAAGGGCAGUGGUGGAAAGUGUGGAUAGGCUCCUCAGGACCCUGCCCAGGUCUGAUCCAACAGAGGUGAAGACUCUGCUCAGGAUGAACAAGAAGAUGGCAAAGACUGUGGGCCAUAUCUUCAAAAUGAGCCCCCAGGAUGUGAACAAAGAAGAGGAGAUCAGGAAGUACAGUCUCAUCUACGGGCGCUUUGACUCCAAGAGGAGAGAGGGGAAGCAGCUCACACAUCAUGAGCUGAUCAUCAAUGAAGCUGCAGCCCAGUUCUGUAUGCGCGACAAUGCCCUUCUGCUAAGACGGGUGGAGCUCUUUUCUUUGGCUCGGCAGGUGGCGAGAAAAUGUGCCUAUACCUCCACGCUCAAGCAUGCAAGGACAAAUGCAGAUGAGAACAGCGUCCUGUCCCUGAAGAGAGCGAGGCAUGAGGUUAUUGUGCCUGAGAGCGUAUCAUCUCUUCUUGGAGUGGAGGGCUCAGAGGGCAUGACCCAGAGGGCAGACGAUGACAGCUUAUCCACAGAAAGCCUCGACAGUGUGUCUCAUGACAUCGGCUCGCAGUGCAACCAGUCUCCGUCCCCUCGUCCACACACCGACACCUCUAACCCUGCCAACUGGAGCCGCCACCUCAUACAGCAAACACUAAUGGACGAAGGGCUGCGAUUGGCUCGGUUGGUAUCACAUGAUCGGGCUGGCAAGCUCAGCCUUGGAUCAGAAGGAACUCACUCUACAGACAUUGACGUUAAAGUGGAGAGGCGGAGCUCGAUAUCGGCGUGCAGGAGCAGUAGCCCCUGCAUCAUCAAAGAUGACUCUAAUCAUCGAGGGAAAUGAAAACAGAAAAGUUGUUCUCAAUCCUGCCACUGAACUCCUCUUAGAGCCUGAGCAGGUUUUUUCCAUGUGCACCUGUAUCACUCAAAUCUGAUGUUAAGAGGACUUUUAUUGACUUCUAAAUCAAUACAGUAAAUGUCAAAAAAGACCAACAACCGGUAUCAUAAACCCUCAGCAACUACUGAUCUGGUUUGACUUUAAAUCCAGUGAACAUGUAGUGGGCCCUUUUUGUUAGGGUUCUUUUAGAAUACAUAGACUACAUGUUCCAGAAGUCUGUAGAAAAAUAAACUACUUUUAGCCUGAAAAAUAUUAAAUUUCUGUCCACAUAAGCAACUUUUUUGUGCAAAAUGUUCAGCAUUGAACCUACCACCUGUUUCAGAUAAAUUUGACUCUACACAGCUGCAGCAGGGGGCACUGCAACUUUGGAAAUCAGCCCUCCUCAUUCACUCCACUAACUUAUUGGAGUUAGGUAAAAGGAUUUUUUUUUUUUUUUUUUGGAUAAUUUUUUCUACUUUUCCAGGAACUGACCAUCUAAAGACACUUCAUAACAUCCUUAGCAGCUCCUCACCCUCAGGAAACAAAUGGAUGAACUGAUGUAAUGUUAGAAGUGGUAGAUAUCCUCAAAGAAUCAAAGCUUAAGAAAACUAAAGUCCAUGUAGGCGUAUUAGGAAAGAAGAUUUGGAGAGACAUGCUGAGGUUUAUGAGACAUAAAGCCAUGGGACCUCUUCAUUCACUCCCUCACAGCUUUCUGUGAUCAUACUUUUUCACAAGCGGCUGAUGUGGCGUCUGUCAGCAAUGAGGCUUUACAUUUUCUUUCAUUAUGUGAAAAUGUGCUCGGAACACCUUUUUUGAUUCUCAGCAGCAUGAAAUAAGUAAAAACUGAUGCUUGAUGGAAGUUUAUUUCUUAGUUGUCUACUGCAACAGUGAGGUCAGGUUUCAAGUUAGGCUGCAGUGUCUUGCUCAUUGAAACUUUGGUUAGCAUUUCAGCGAAUUGCAUUCAAAAUUUCAUGAAUAAAUACAUUUACCCAAGGACUUUCAGAAGAAUUUAAAAUUUAAAUGCUACUUUAUUGAAACUCUGCAGAGGCUUAGGAUUCUGUGAGCUACUGGGAUGACUUUCUUAGUCUUUAAUAACAUCUCACAAUUUUUCUGACCUGAAGGAAAUUAGAAGGACUAAUCAUUCUGUACUUUCUAAAUUUAAGAAAUAAAAAUCACACGCAGGGGUUUACACUAAGACUCUCAAGGUGCUUGACUCUGGAUUCAGCAGCUCUUACAAUUUACAUCAGUGGCGCAGUGCAAAAGUGUAGUCAGAAUUUGUUGUAUGACUGAUUUCAUGUAGAUAAUGGUUAAAAAUGUGACUAUUUUUUGUAAACCUAACAAGUAUUUCAGUGAGGUAGCUUGCUGUGCAUCACUCACAACUGCCUGUCUCUAGAGCAUUAGUAACAUACUCAGUUUUAAUAUGUUGCAUAACAGAUUAUUUAUUUUGUUACAUCUCAAUAAAUGUUAUUUUAUUUCUUAAA